CCAGCGGUGGUCAGCGCAGCGAGUAGCGAGUGUUGGGUGAGUGCGCGCAGCAGCGGCGCAGUAGCCGCUCGCGACCGGAGGGCAGGUAGGGCCGCGCGGUCCGCGGGCUCGGCUCGGAUUCGGUCGCAAUCGCGUCGCGCCGGUGGUGGGAGUCGGUGGCCGCCUUCGCUAGUCUGGCACUUCGCGCUGCCAGCAGCAGUCGGCAGCGGACUUGGCGCAGCCGAGCGUAGCGCACGGGAAACCAAGAUGGCCGCCUGUUGAGUGGGCUUGCUGCGUCGUGGACGGAAUCAGACAAAGGAACGACGCAGUUGCGGCCCGCGACCCGGACCGCGCCGCGACGCCCGCCUCAGGACGCAGUCGACCUAACCUCCCGUCAUCUGGAGCGCAGGACGGGCGCAGGAAUGCUGGAGCUCGAGGUGGUGCCCGAGAGAUCCCUCGGCUGCGAACAGUGGGAAUUUAUUUUAGGAAUGCAUUUUUCUCAAUCUGUAGCUAUAAUACAAUCUCAAGUGGGCAUUAUACGUGGAGUACAAGUUCUGUACAGUGAUAUCAAUCCUUUAGAAGUAGACUUAGUAAUAAAUUUACCCCACGACGGUGUUCGGUUAAUAUUCGAUCCUGUUGUGCAAAGGCUCAAGAUAAUUGAGAUUUACAACAUGAAACUGGUGAAACUGAAAUAUUGUGGUUUGCCGUUCAAUUCUCCAGAGGUACUGCCAUCUAUCGAACAGAUCGAGCAUUCUUUCGGAGCGACUCAUCCUGGAGUUUACGACAGUGAAAAACAGGUCUUCGUAUUGAAUUUCCGGGGUUUGUCGUUUUAUUUCCCAAUCGAUACCAAGUUUCAACCUGGCUACGCACAUGGCUUAGGUUCCCUACAAUUUCCAAAUGGAACCUCUCCACUAGUGGCUAAAACGGCUAUUUAUGUUGGGAGCAUGACGUCCGGUAUCGGCGACGAGCACAGUCUCAAGGCACCUCCACCUCCUCUACCGCUUGCAUGCUAUCACAAUAAUUUAUACCUGGAGAAGGCCGAAGUUGUAAGAGACAAAGUCCACACCCGUGGGCUAAAGUUACACCUCUUCACCGAAGGCAACUCCAUAACGAGGGUCCUUCUUGAGCCAAAGAAACAUUGCUUAACUAAAGAGGUCUGGUUCGGGGAUACCUGCGAGGAUGUCCUGAGCGCCCUCGGAGCGCCCUCUCGGGUCUUCUUUAAGGCCGAGGACAAGAUGAGAAUCCACAGUCCCCACGCGCACAAGCGAAACAAAACUAGGAGAUCCGACUUCUUUUAUAACUACUUCACUUUGGGAUUGGACGUUUUGUUCGACGCGAAGACGCAGUGCGUCAAGAAGUUCGUGCUUCACACGAAUUACCCAGGGCAUUAUAAUUUCAACAUGUACCAUCGUUGUGAGUUCAUUUUAACGCUACCUCCCGAGAGCAGUCCGACCACGGAGUCGGGAAAGCUCAUCGACGUUUCUCCGUCACCUGUAACUAUCACUGCCUAUACAAAGUGGGACAAAGUGAGCGAGCAGUUAAAGGCGAGCGCCCGGCCAGUGGUGUUGAAUCGCGCGUCCUCGACCAACACGACGAAUCCGUUUGGUUGCACGUUCUGCUACGGAGUGCGCGACGCCAUCGUCGAGGUGAUGGCCAAUCAACAUAUCGCCAGCGUGACCCUCUACGCGGCGGUGUGACCCCGCUAAACGGACGCGUCCGAGAAAGCGAAACGCCGUGUAGAGUGGGCCCUCGUGUCCCGAGGGGAGGGAAGAAAAAUGAAGAAAAAGGAAAAAAUCCGCGAACUCUAGGAGAGCCCCGUGGAGCCAUCUCGUCGGAACGAUCCGGCGCGGAAGCGACGGGCGCGGAGAGGCCUACGCCUUUGCGACGUGAUCCUCGGUGUCUCUGUUCAAUAUGUUCUUAAGAGACGCGGGGGAAGGAGACGUGUCAAGGGUGGGACGCUCGACGGAAGUCGAAAGACAGCGAACCAAGUUCCAUUGAAGGCGUGGGUGGACGCGCCGCAGGGAGUAUGCACGACUGAUCGAGGGUUAAAUUCGUUUCGCCUCCAAAAUGGCUUUCCAGGACGUGGCGGCUCCCGGCCGAGAAUCGUACGCAGGUCUGCCGGCUCCGGUGGAGGGAACGAUCACCGUGAGACGGACAAUGGACCCGAAAAUUCGUCGUCUCUUCGGACAAUGCGGCAAGGGAUUGCCCAGAGUCUGAAAAGUCCCCGGUUCCGGGAGGAUCUGCAGACCUGCGUCCGGCGAUUUGCGCGCCAUGCGGAGGUCGGGGCCGCCAUUGGUACCAAUCGAUGACGAUUACGGGACAAGUGGUUCGCGAUCGCGCCACUGUCGGUCGUACGUUUACUUUAUUGUUCUCGACUCGCGUCCGGAAGUUGAUAGACGAUUUUCUUUGUAACAAAGAAUCCACCGUAAGGUACGACAGCCGCAUAUCCCGAGACACUUGAGUCCGAUGAGACAAAAAAAAGCAUAAAAGCGGAAAGUAAUAAAAAUCUUGCUAGGUAGUAAAGAACGAACGAUAACUCGUGCGAAUUGUAAUCGUAAACUACUAUUAAUAUGGAUAGAUAAUGUUAAUACUUCGUUUCCUUUUCUCGCUGAUCGGGCGAUCUCUAUUUGAACGCGGGUCGGCCGCGCGCCGAGCUAGAUGACAAAAUGGGAAAGAAGGUGGAAUACCUUGAGUCUUACCGAGACACACCGUACCUUUUUCCGUACUAGACGAGACGCAGUCUUGGAGUUCACACUCCGCGCCUCGACGCCGGAGUUAACUCAAUUUAAUAGUUAAUUUUGUAUACAGCAAGUGUCGAGUAUUUGCUCCGUGUCGAUGUACGUGUCUACUAGUAGAGAGGUAUCGCGACAGAGGAAAUCCUUAGGAACCGGCGAGACGCAUCGCCGGAUGCGUUUCGCACUCGAGAAUACGUGUGAUUUAACGACAAUUUAACGGCGAGCCCGCGGAGGCUUGUUCUUCAUAGUUUAUUCAAAUCUUUGCAAAUUGUCUGUAUCGGCCUGUGGGGUAUCGAGAAUAAAUCCAGGGAGGCAAACCACAGAGGAAGGGACUAACCGCACGACCUAAAGGGAUUUUCAUUUAUCGAAUUCACCCCGUGUUCCAUGCCUGGAGAGGGUGGUCGAAAUUCUAUCCACGUGGUAUUUUCUAUUUCGCUACACCCGGCUGUGUUGUCCACUGUUUGUAUAAAGACAGAAAUUGAACGUACGUGGCAAAGACCUACGUUUGUACAAUCAUUGGAGAUAAGAACGAGGGGGGAUUUAUGCUCGGUAAUUGAAGCUAGCGAAAAGGAGUUGCAGUGAUCGUUGUUGUUUCUUUUUUCCCCCUUGUAGGGAAGGUUUAUUCUUCGUCUGAGAACACAACAAGACUGCUUUCGAUUGGUGCGAAAGCGUAAGCUCGUUGAUUCUGUAUACUCGAGAUACUGCGAACGCGAUAGUACAUAUUGCUGCCCAUCGUUAUUUCCGUAUUCUUAGCACUAAUUUAAUACUUGAUUAAUGUGACCCGCUAAACGCAUGAUAUUACGUGCACACAUUAACAAAUCUUAGGGCAAUUGAUUUUACCUAGACUCGAAGGAACGUCACCGAGGAAGGUUUCGAAGCGUUAGGGACUCUUUAUAGGCGUAUCGACGUCACGGUAGCGUCGAAUCAAGCGAAUAAUACCUCCGUAGCUACAUACUCGUAGGACGUUUGUAAGUGACAUUGUUCAUUGGAUAAAGUGGCUGAUGCUCUUUGCGGGAA